UUGAAGAAGGUUCCCACCCUCACUCAGUCCUCUGAAGGAGCCUGAUCCUGCCUCUCCCAGUGGUCAGACUAGCCUGAGGCAGUCCUUUCCUAGCACCUCCCCUCUGGCCUAGAGGCUCUGCUUGUCUUCUCAUCCUCCAGAGGAGAACAAGGCAAUGGGUCUUCCCCUGCUGCUGCUCCUGCUGCUGCUGCCAGCAUCUCUGCAGGCUGGUGGCUCAGCAAAGUGCAAUUCAAACCAUGGUUUUGAAGUCAACCAACCAGAACACCUCUCAGCCCCUGAGGGUGGCUCCAUCUGCAUCCCCUUCUCCUUCUGUUACCCCUGGGAGUUAGCCAAGAAACCCAAAGUGCGUAUAUUCUGGAGAUGGAAAAAUUUCCAUGGGGAGUUUAUCUACAAUACAAGCCUGCCUUUCACUCAUGAGAAUUACAAGAACCGCCUCUCCCUGAACUGGACAGAGGGCUGGAGGAACGGCUGCCUCUGGAUUCAAAACCUGCAGAGGAAAGAUGAAUCCCAGUACUUCUGCCGAGUCCAGUUGAUCACACAAGAAGGCCCGAAGGUGUGGCAGUCCAUCAAUGGGACCAAACUGACCAUCACGAGAGCCCCCGAGAAAACUACCAAGGGCCCCACCAGCACCAGCGCCACCACCACCACAGACGGCUUCAGUGUCUCCGAGGAUGAAAGGAGCUCAGGGUCUGGGCCCCUCACUCUAGGAACUAUAGUAGGGGUGUCACUGGCUGGCGCUAUGCUCAUAAUCGCAAUUUUGGGACUGAUGCUCUACCUCCGAUGGAAGAGAAGCAAAGGUCUGCAGACUAAAGCAAGAGCCCCAGACAGGAGAUCCUUCCAUAACACGGAGGAGAAGUAUGAGAACAAUGGGCAUGAAGGAAAACAUAGUGACUCCAAGCUGGAUCCAAAGGUUGAUGGCAUCCUCUAUGCCUCCCUUGCCCUCUCUAGCUCGACCUCACCGUCAGCACCUCCCAGCCACCUUCUCCACAACAGUCCCCAGGAAGAGACCGUAUACUCUAUCCUAAAGACCUAAAGAGUGUGACUGAAUGAUGACCUCUUUAGAGUAAGCUGCAUAGGGGAAUCACCACUUCCCAUAAUAAUCCCAGCCAGACAGUGACUCAGAGGCCAGCAAAGCUGAAGGCCACCAAGAACCAGAGAAAAACAGCCAUCUGCUCCAGUUCCUUCUACAGCUUCCUCCCUUGCCCACAAAAAUAAAAGGAUCUGUAGGAUUUGCCUGAAUGCAUCUAAGGAAGAAACUGGUGUUAGCUUCAACUUCUGUCCUUCUCACCAAAAAUGAGUAUAAUAGAUACUCAUGCCCAAGAUCCCUCUUCUAGUUCAGUGACUGCCUCAUGCCUAGAAACAG